UGGUGAUACUAGAGGGCUGUGGAGAAAUGUAACAGCAAACACCAGAAGCAUACAUUUGGUAGGCUAAACAUCAUUCGCCAAACGGGCAAUGGGACGGUGUUCAGACUUCAGAGAAAGAGUCAGUAAUUGGAGAAUUGAAAGCACAUCUGUGGUGGUUCAUGAAGAUUGAAUGAUCCAUGAAUGAUCAACUGAGAUUCAGAGAUACUGACACCUGUCCUCAAAGCAGACCAAUCCUGUCGAAUAUGGCAGUCAGUAUGAAGAGUGACUUAUCAGUGGCUGACCCACUGCAGUAUAAAGACACGGAGUGUGUCAUUGCAAAUAGCUGUUUGUCAAUGAAAAGUGAUUGGUCCAUGCAGGAUCCAAUAACAUUCAAAGAUAAUGGAACGCUUCCAUCAUCAAGGAUGAUCCAGGAUUUAUCCAAUGCCUCAGUAACUAGCUGUGUAUCAAUAAAGAGUGGCUGGUCAAUGCAAGAUCCAAUAACAUUUACAGAUGGAGGCAUGCCUCCUUCUUUAAGGUCUUCCCAGGAGAAGUCCAAAUCUCCAACACCCAGCUGUGUUUCCAUGAAGAGUGACUGUGCCAUGCACCAUCCACUAAAAUUUCAGGAUCCAAAAAUGCCAUCAGCCAGUUUUGACUUUCCAGUUAAUAAUGCACAUGACACACUCCAAUCAAAUCUGAGGAACACAUUUCACUGUUUGCAUGAAGGAAUCUCUAAAAAGGGUGAUCUAACACCUCUCAAUGAGAUCUACACUGAGCUCUACAUCACAGAGGGUCAAAGUGGAGAAAUCAAUCAUGAACAUGAGAUAAAACAGAUUGAAGCAGCAUUCAGGAGAGCAGCAACUGAAGGAACACCUGUUAACUGCAAUGACAUCUUCAAACCCUUACCUGGACAAGAUAAGCCCAUUAAAACUGUCCUGACAAAGGGAGUCGCUGGCAUUGGAAAAACAGUCUCUGUGCAGAAGUUCAUUCUUGACUGGGCUGAAGGGAAAGCAAACCAGGACAUCCACCUCAUAUUUCCACUUCCUUUCAGAGAGCUCAAUUUGUUGAGGGACAAGCAAUUAACUCUUACAGACCUUAUACACUUUUUAAUGGACACAAAACAAAUGGAAAUAUCUCAAAAUGAAGGUAAAAUCCUUUUUAUCUUUGAUGGUUUAGACGAGUGUCGUCUGUCGCUGGAUUUUCUGAACAAUGCGAGGUUGGUUGAUGGAACUGAAUCUGCCUCACUGGACGUUCUGCUGACAAACCUCAUCAAGGGGAAUCUGCUUCCAUCUGCUCUCAUCUGGAUCACGUCCAGACCAGCAGCAGCUGAUCUCAUCCCCUUUGAGUGUGUUGAUCGAGUGACAGAAGUACGAGGCUUCAAUGACCCACAGAAGGAUGAAUACUUCAGGAAGAGAAUCAGAGAUCAGAUCCUGGCCAACAGAAUCAUCACACACCUGAAGUCAUCAAGAAGCCUCUACAUCAUGUGUCAUAUACCAGUGUUCUGCUGGAUUUCAUCCACUGUUCUAGAGAGAAUGUUGAGUGAAGCAGAGAGUGGAGAAAUCCCCAAGACUCUUACUCAGAUGUACACACACUUUGUCAACAUUCAAUUGAACAUAACAAAUUUAAAGUACCAAGAGAAGUCAGUGAAAGAUGAAGAUAUGAUUUUCAAACUGGGAAAACUGGCUUUUCAGAACUUUCAUAAAGGCAAUUUGAUUUUCUAUGAAGAUGAUCUGAGAGGGUGUGGCAUUGAUGUGACCGAAGCAUCAGUGUAUUCAGGAUUGUGCACUCAGAUCUUUAGAGAGGAGAUUGGACUGCACCAAGGAACAGUCUACUGCUUUGUUCAUCUGACCAUUCAAGAACAUAUAGCUGCCUUAUAUGUCUACCUCUCCUUUAUCAACAAUAAGACUAAUUUGCUUGAACAACAGACCACAGCAUCUUUGUUCUGUGAUCAAGAAACUUCGGGAAAGCAGAUGUUUGUAUCUGACCUGCUUAAGAUUGCUGUUGAUCAAGCCCUGGCCAGUGAAAAUGGACGCAUGGAUCUUUUUCUGCGUUUUCUUCUGGGCCUCUCAUUGGAGUCCAAUCAGGCUCUUUUACAAGGUCUACUAACACAGAAAGGAAGUAGCUCCCAAUGCAAAGAGAAAACAGUUGCGUACAUCAAACACAUGAUCAUGGGGAAUACCUCUCCAGAGAAGUCCAUCAACCUAUUCCACUGUCUUAAUGAACUGGGUGACUAUUCGCUCGUCAGGGAAAUUCAGCAUUAUCUCAAUUCUGGAACAAUAAGAGGAACUAAACUUUCUGCCUCACAGUGGUCUGCUGUCGCUUUUGUGUUGCUGACCUCAGAACAGCUGGGUGUGUUUGACUUGAGCAAGUAUGCUAGAAUGUGCAGUGACAUUGAUGAAGUUCUUGUGAGGCUGCUGCCUGUAAUUGAAGCAUCUAGAACAGCUCAGCUUUAUUAUUGUCAGUUGUCAGAGAAAUGUUGUGCAGCACUGGCCUCAGCUGUCAGUUCAAAGUUGUCAUGUCUGAGGGAGCUGAACUUGAAUGGAAAUAAACUUCAGGAUGAUGGAGGGAGGGAACUCUUUUCUGGUUUGGAGAGUCCUCAUUGUAAGCUGGAGAUACUGAGGCUUGCCAAUUGCAAACUGACAGACAAAAGCUGUGCAGUUUUAGCAUCUGCACUUCGUUCAGAGUCCUCGAGUUUAAGACAGCUGAACAUCAGUUACAAUAACCUGCAGGAUACAGGACUGAAGCUACUCUCUGCUGGAUUGGAGAAUCCAUCCUGUGAACUGGAGAUACUGAAGAUUUGGAAGUGUGGAUUCACUGAUAAAGGUUGUGCUGCUCUGGCAUCAGCUUUGGUUUCUAACCCUACCUAUCUGAAAGAGCUCUGCCUGGAUAGAAAUGAACUUAGAGAUACAGGAGUAAAACUGCUCUCUGAUGCAUUGAAGAAUCCCUACUGUAAACUGGAGAUACUGAGUAUGGUUAGAUGUGGUGUCACAGAUGAAGGUUGUGCUGCUCUUGGUUCAGCUCUGAAAUCAAACCCAUCACACCUGAAAGAACUGAAUCUAGCUGAGAAUGAACUUGGAGACUCAGGAGUGAAGCUGCUCUUGGAUGGGUUUGAGAAUACUCAUUGCAAGCUGGAAACACUGAGACUGAUGUAUUGUGGUAUCACUCAUGAAGGUUGUGCUGCUCUGGCUUCAGCUUUGAAAUCAAACCUCUCAUCAAUUCUGAAAGAGCUGAAUCUGUCUGGGAAUAAACUAUCAAAUUCAGGAGUGAAAUUGGUCUUAGCUGGACUCGAGAAUCCUCUCUGUAAACUUGAAAUACUAAAGUUGAUGUAUUGUGGUGUAACUGAUGAAGGUUGUGCUGCUCUAGCUUCAGUUAUUAAAUUAAACACAACAGAUCUGAAAGAGCUCUAUUUGGAUAACAAUGAACUCAGAGAUUCAGGAGUGAAGCUGCUCUCUGCUGCUAUGGAGAAUUCACACUGCAAAAUAGAGACACUUAAACUUUGGGACUGUGGUUUUACAGAUGAAGGUUGUGCUGCUCUGGCUUCAGCUCUGAGAUCAAACCCCUCACACCUGAGAAAUCUCUACCUGUUUGGCAAUAAACUUGGACAUUCUGGAACAAAGCUGCUGUCUGCCUUAAUUGAUGAUCCACAUAAUAAAUUGGAGAACUUUGAUUUAUACUAGAUGCUCUCUUAACUGGUUUGGAUUGAGACUGGAAUGUUGAAAUGAGGCAGAAACACAUGGGCAUGAGUAACACACUGGAGACACAAUGACUGUAAUAUACUGACUGUAAUGCUUAAUCGUGCGUAAUAUGAAUUACACACCAUGUUAUUAUUUGAGUAUUUGAUAAUCAUUUACUUAAUUUUUCAUUUUCCUUUUACUGGUCAUAGAUUUCAGGGAUUAGGGACUGUUUUUUUUUUCCUAUGAAUUACAGAUCAUAUUUGUAUUUUUUUAUUCUUAUUUAGUUUGUUUGUUUGUUUUGCACCUACUACUUGUCAUAUUUACUCAUCAACAGUAAUAUUUUGCCUUCAUAUUUGGAUGUAUGUUUACAAAAAUGUUCAAUUUAUUUCAAUGCUUGUUUUAAUGUUCUACAAAGAAUAUUUCUGGAAGCGACUCAACAUGAAAUAUUAAAUGUUUUAGUAUUUUAUUAGAUAAACAGGAUUAUUACAUAAUUUCUGAAAACAGAAAAAGGUUUAGUAGACAAACAUAUACAGGUUUGUCAGUUUAAUUUCUGUUAUUUGACCCACUCACACAAUGAGCAAAUGCCAGUUUAAUACUGAAAACAUAUUACCUCAAUAUGUGUGGUUUGGUCACAUAAUUUUUUCAUGUUACACAUGAAUGACAUUUUCAAUAUAAAUAUACACCAAUCAACCACAACAUUAAAACCACCUGC